GUAAACAAUUUUUGAACAAAGACUGGGCGCGUUUUCUGCAGGAUUUGUGAGCUAGCUACAAGACAGAAAUUGAUCUAGGAAAGAAUGGACUCCACUAUUGCCAGUGAUGUGAAUGGAUUCAAGACACCCUGCAAACCAGACAGGGUGAAGCGCCUUCUCUCUGGUAGCACUGCCAGUCCUAGAACUCCCAUAACCAUCCCUGCCUCCCCUUUCAUGAAGAAACUGGGAUGUGGAACUGGGGUGAAUGUGUAUCUCAUGAACAGAGUUGGUAAACUGAACCUGUCUCCAUGGGCUGUCAAAAAGAUCAACAACAAAUGUGCCUCAAAGCAGAUGGGUGUCUACCAGAGACGACUCUGUGACGAGGCAAAUAUCCUGAAAGGCCUGCAGCACCCAAACAUUGUUGGAUUCCGUGCCUUCACCACUGCCAAUGAUGGCUCUAAGUGCCUGGCCAUGGAGUAUGGUGGGGAGAAGUCCCUGAAUGACCUGAUAGAGUGGAGAAGAGAGGAGGGCCUGAAGGCUUAUCCAGCCGCCACCAUUGAGAAAGUGGCCUUGCAUGUGGCGCGUGGCCUACAGUACCUUCACAACGAGAAGAAGCUAUUACAUGGCGACAUGAAGUCUUGCAAUGUUGUCAUCAAGGGUGACUUUGAAACUGUCAAAAUCUGCGAUGUGGGAGUCUCCUUGCAGUUGGAUGAGAAUAUGAAAGUGAGUAACCCCAAAGCAGAGUACGUUGGCACUGAGCCAUGGAAGCCCAAGGAGGCUCUGGAAGAGGGAGGCGUGAUCACGGACAAGGCAGACAUCUUUGCCUACGGACUGACCCUGUGGGAGAUGAUGACUCUGGCCAUGCCUCACCUGGAGAUGGAGAACAGUGAGGAGGAGGAUGUCUCAAUGGACGAGGAUGACUUUGAUGAUGAUGCCUACUAUGAGAAGUUGGGCACCCGACCGGCGCUGGACUCUGAGAGUCUUGGGGGAGCCUACCAGAGAAUGGUGGAGCUCUUCUGGCUCUGCACAGAGGAGAAUCCACAGAAACGCCCGUCGGCUGCCCAAAUAGUUCAGGUUCUGGAGUCCAACAUGCAGGCAGACAGCAAAAACAAUGUCAUUGUCAUAGACUGAUCAGUUAGACUAGUCUCAUCUCAUUCAAACCAUACUGUAAUGUUGACUAGUCUUGUUUUCGUACCCAGAAACCUUUCCUGUUUGUCUUGACUUAUGUAUGUAAUAUCCUGUCCUGUACUCUUCUCAGGUGAAAUGUAGUAAAUAAAAUGUAUUUCAGUAAAUUGAUAUG